AUGAGUUUACAAGAAGAUGAAUUAAAACAAAAACAAACCAAAUUACUUUUAAUUGGAGAAUCAGGAAAUGGGAAAAGUUCACUUGGUAAUUUCAUUUUACAGAAGAAUGUUUUUGAAGUUAGUGGUAGUACAAAACCAGUUACAAAAGAAGUUGUUAAAUGUUUUGGAAAAGGAGAUAGAAGUGAUGUAGUUGUUAUUGAUACACCUGGUUUUAAUGGUACUGAUAAUUUUGAUAAUGAACAUAUUCAAAAUAUUGUUAAUUGUGUUAGAGUUGAAGGGUUACAAGGGAUUAUAUUAACAAUAAAUUUUCAUAACCAUAGAUUUACUGAUAAUAUUAAACAAAUUAUUAAAAUUAUAAAUGAUGUUUUUCCAAUAAAAGACAUUUGGAAACAUGUUUGUAUUGUUUGGACUGAAUGUGAGAAUUCUCUUCCACCAAAGAAAAUUGAAAAAGGUAAAAUUAACAAAGAACAAUUCAAAGAAAACAUAAUUUCAUUUAUAAACCAAAUAAAUAAAACAGAUAAAGAAUUUGAUAUUCCAAUGUAUUUUGUAGAUUCACAACCAGAUGAAGACUAUGAUAACAGAAGAUCAGAAAUAGAAAUAGAAAGAUUAAUUGAAUGGGGAAGAGGAUUAAAAUUAGUUGAUGAAAAAGAAAUUAAUAAAUUAAUCUGUGAAUACAAAGAAAUUAGAAUUGAAGAAAAAAAAGAAAAAGGUAAAAUAAUAAAAGAAACAGAAUAUAGUAUAACAUAUGAAAUAAAUACAUACAGAAGAGAAAUUAAAAUCAAAUAUAAUGGAAAAGAAAUAGUAGGUGAAUGGAAAUUAAUUAGUACUAGAACUAUAACAGAAAACAAACGUAAUACAAAUCAAUCAGAUUGUGUUGUGGUGUAA